UGUAAAGUUUUUAUAUGAGGGAAACUUUUGUAAAAGAAGAUGUAGGAACGAUGAUAUAAAAAUGAAGAUGGACCAUAUCCACCGAAGUAGAUUGUUUCAUGCGUCAGUAGGAAAAGUAAUUCAAGCGUAACUUACAAUCAAAUUGCAUUGGAAAACUAAUAGCGCCAAAUCAUGUUUUUAUUGCAACGAGCAAGUCUUGUUGUUACGCUACUGUAGCUAAGAGUAACCAGGCAACCUCUACAUUACAUCGUUGGUGGUCUAACAGGGAUCAGCGCGUUAGUACAUGCCGUACAGUAGUAAGGUGCGUUUCCCACUUUCGUGAAAUACAAUCCGCGUGGUAGAAUCUUAUCGUACUUCCAUCUUAAGAUUCAAAUUUCGAAUUCGCGCUCUUUUUCUAGUCACGAUGAAUCCGAAGGGAAUGUCUUACGACGUAUUAUAUUGUUAAACGUCGACCCACAUUCUGGACGGCGAGACCGGGCGGAUUUUCUUCCGCGCGAUGAGUUCGAUCCGUCUACAAGGUAGAAGAUGUUCUUACGCGAGGUUGUAUUAGCCGAGAAACGGUGUCAAAGACGGGCAUGGACACUAAGACUCCGCCUAUACCUUUGAAGCUUCCAGAGAAGGCUCAAACGAAGAAGCAGGAACGCUUGGCCGAUCUGUCCUUGCCGCCAUUGACACCUUCCACGAAUCACCGACAGAAACUAAAGCCUGUUGUUAAUCCGUGGUCGCGUGACUACAGUUAUCCUACAUGCUAUCAAAAUCAUCAUAAGGAGAGGCCUUAUAGAGUGUUGCAAAUUGGCGCCACACCAUUGAUGCACGCUUGCCAGCAGGCCGACAGACACAAAGUCUUGAGACUAUUGAGGGAGCAAGAGGAGAGCAUCGGUUAUAGAGAUCGAACGUUAAGAAGUGCCCUUCAUUACUGUAUGGACGCAGGAACGGGCGGUGCCGUUGCUUCGGCGGCACCAGAAUUGGUCAACGCUCCCGAUGCCGAAGGACAUACUCCUCUCCAUCUCGCAGUCAUUGCCGGCGAUACUCAGUUAGUAGCCGUUUUGUUGGCGAACGGCGCUGACGUCAAUGCCAAAGAUUUGGAAGGUCACAGCGUUCUUCAUUGGGCUACUGUCUGCGGGGAAGCGGAAUGCGUACGUCUGAUCUUAGCCGCUGGCGCUCGACCUUCAACGCCCGAUCUUCGCGGAGGCUCGCCUCUUCAUUACGCCGCGCAAUGUUGCGGCGCCGCAGCGACCGCCGAACUUGCCGUACCAAAGAAAGUUGGCUUAAAGGUUUUGCAAACUCUUAUAGAAUUCGGCGCUGACGUUAACGCGAAGGACGAAGACGGACGACAGGCAAUCUUAUGGGCGGCCAGUGCCGGUAGCGUGGAAGCAGUUCUAGCCUUGGCAAGGGCCGGGGGAGCUGCGGCCGCAGGAGCAUCGGAUAAGGACGGUUUAACGGCGCUUCAUUGCGCCGCGUCCAGAGGUCAUGCCAGGUGCGUCGAAGCGUUGAUUAAUUUUUGCGGAUCCCAGCCCGAUCAUGUAGAUGACAACGGUUGUUCCGCUCUACACUAUGCCGCUACGCUCGGUCACGCCGACGCUACGUCCUUGAUUCUUAAAUUAGGUGCCGAUCCAAAUCGACAAGAUCGAAAGGGUAGAACGCCAGCCCUAUGCGCGGCAGCCAAAGGCCAAUUGGAAACGUUAAAAAUCCUAGCACAGCAUGGUGGUUCGUUGCACGCUAGAACAGUACGAGGUACAGGCGUUGCUCACGAGGCCGCGGCUUCCGGAAGAAUCGAACUGCUCAAAUGGUUGGCUAAAAAGCGCCCGAGUAUGUUGGAUAUCGCUACGCAAGAUGGUAAGACGCCUCUUCACGUAGCAGCGCUUCAUGGUCAUUUGGAUGCUUGCAAGGUGCUCUUGGAUCACGGUGCAAGAAUAAAUGCGAUUUUAAGGACUAACAAGGGUAAUACGAUGACCGCUUUGGAUGCUGCCCUUUACAGAGGCCACAGAGAUUGUGCUAAAUUGAUACAAAUGCACGGUGGUACUACUGCUCAACGAUUGAAAGAUCAUAGGGCUACGUCUAUUGGGAAAGUUUUCUCCGCAAAGCUUCGAGUUGAGCGUACAGAAAGUGGCACGGAUACGGAAGAUAGUCCUCCAAGGUGGGAUCAUGGACUUAAGGCUCCUCGUGUCUAUUACGAGGAACGAUGGAUCGAAAAGAGAACGCGAAAGAGAGGAAAUUCCAAGAAAUUAUUACGACGAGACAGUCGAAGUUUCAGCGAAGAAGAAGUUCGACUUUCGAAGAAAGCGUCUUCGAGAAAAGAGCGCCAGCGACGAAGCAGAAGCGAGUCUGCGAGAUACGACGAGAAUGGCAUGGGUACCGAUGAAAAGUUGAUACGAAAAGGAAGAAAGAGGCGGCUUAGAGGGAGAUCCAAAGAUGAUUACAGCGAAUCAUCUAUAAAUUACAGCGACGAUAGUCUCCAGGAAGAUUCAAGAAAGAACGGAACGGUAAGGACGUUUUUUCGGCGAAAGCUCGAAAGGCGAAGAUCAAAAUGUCGAGCGGACAAGAUUAAAAAGAGAUCGAGGUCGGAGGUCGAAGCAAGUCGAGUCAAUCGGAAGCAUUUGCAGUCGGAGACAAAGAGCGAUCAAGACGAACACAGCGGUACCGACGACAGUUUGGAAGUAAUCGUUGUGAGAACAUCCGUCGAGAAGAAAAAAUGCGAAAAGAUCGUGUCCGGAGGAAAAUCAAAGAUGUCGAAAGAGAAUUCGAAAGAUGGUAGGAUAAGAGGGUCUCGUAAAUGCAACACGCAAAGUCAAAAGUCGGAAUACAGCGAAUCAACGAUACCAUCCGAUAAGGUAUACGAUAAGGCAUCCGAUAAGAUAUCCGAGGAGGACCAUCGGCCAUACUUGGACAGGGAAGAAAAAGAGGAAAGAAGAUAUAAGAACGUCGUUGGCGUUGAUGAAGUCGCGUCGAAGUCUUCUACGUCGGAGGAUAUGGGAAUGUCCUUCGUUGAAAGUCGAUAUCAUCAUAGAGACGUGACCGAUAGUACGAGCCACGAAACUGUCGAAAGAGUUCUUGUUACGGCUAUGGUCCACAAAGAUCAAGGUCCAGACACUCCAAAGUCUACGAUAGAAAUUUCAAAGGAAGUCACUUUUGAAGAUGGCUCGGAGAAGGAAAUGACAGACAAAAAUUGCGAAGAAUUGCAAAGUAAGGUUGACGACGUUUGUGCAAAAUCCGAACAACUAUCUAAUUCGCUAGUAACGAAGGCUAAGGAUUUAAAGAAGGGUCUUGAAAAUAUGCGAUGUGGGAUUAAGGAUAAGAAUGACGAUAGCGAAAGAAACGAUGAUAAUAAGAUGAUAGGAGACGUCGAAGCAGUGGAAGUAGAAGGUAGGUUGUGCGCAAAGCAAGUAAACGAACCCGAAAGAACUUCAUCGGAUUCUCAGGAGGAACGUCUUCGUUCGACGCAAGAUCAGCAGCAGGAGAUGGAACAUCAGGAAAAUUCUUUUUUGUCGAAAAAUACGGAAGGCGAUAGAAAAAUUCUUGAUACAUCGUCAAGUGCCGCGAAAGAUGUCGCAAGCGGCAUGGACGCGGUGAAUGAUCGUUUGGCUUCGGAUAUAGAUUUACAAGUUCAUACAUUGGAAGGAUCAUUUCGAGAAGAAAUGCCAACUUUGGAGUUAGAAAAACUUUCAAAAGUAGAAAGCGAGAAACAGAAAACGGAAGAAGUAACUGGAACGAUAGUUUCGAAAGAGGAACACGAUAUAAAUGGUACAUUAGAAAAGGAUGUUGGCUUAGAAAUCUUGGAAAAUACGGCGCCCGUGGAAUCGUGCAAAGAGAAUAUUAUCACCGAUGGGUUUGGUUUAUCGAGUAAAGAAUCGUUUAAAACUCGACAGGAAAAACGUCAGAGCGAGUUAUCCUCGUCUUCUUUCGAUGCCCCUUUCAGCAAUGACUUCUUCUCUGAGGAUAAGGAACAAGUAGAUUCCGCGCGUGGCAAAUCUGUUGAUUUAUCUUCAGAUUCUAGAGAUUCUAUACUGAUGCGUGACGGUGAAAAUGACUUUUCGAGAACGAAUACUCCAGUUCUCGCAAAGAGUAGCGUUCUCGAAGUAAAAUCCGACGGACAUAAAGCUCCAAGAGAGCCUAAUAAAGUCAAAAUUGUACAAAUAGACGCAAGUACCAAGUCUUUUACGAACGAGGAAAAAGCAUUGUCGAGUAAAGGUAAACAGGCACAUUUAAAAGAUAUAGACGAUAAGAAUGGCUCGCCGACAACAACAACGAGACGUUCAAGGUGUUCAAGGGCUUCAACGAGAAAACAAAUGGAUGAAACUGAAUGCCACUCGAAUGUAACAAAAGCAUCGAAUAAGAUUAAAAAUUUAUUUGACAAGUCGGGGGAACGUUCUCUCGAUCGCAGUGCAAUAGUUGCCGUUAUCGAGAGCCCGGAAUGGGAUGAAGAGGAUGAAGAGAUCGAUAAGGAGAUUAGAAAGGUUAUCGAAGAAGACGGAGAACGUGAUACAGAGCCAGAAGAAAAUAACGAAAUGGGUGUUAUUAGAGUUUUGCCAGGUACAAGCGAGGAAGACGCUUACAGGAGCCUGGACAUCGAUAAAUCCAGGAAUUCGGGUAUCGUUACCUUACCUCAGGUACAGAGAAGACUAUGCACGCAUUCGGGAAAGAUUCCUAAGAUUCCAGCGGAGGAUCAACGUCUUCGACAGUGUAUGAAACAGUGUCGUCGUGACAGUGGUGGUAGAGAUAGUGGUAUAGAACCAAGUCCAAGAAUUUCUAGAAUACCAAAGAGAAGAAGCGUGGCUGACUAUUCAAAGACAGAGAAACAUCACGCGCUCAAUGUAGAUACCGUCACGAGAGAUGUUCAAAUCAGUCUUCGUCGUUACCACCUGGAAAGAAAAAUCUUUUUUCAAUUGAUGGAACUCAAGAGAUUGCAGAUUAGGCAUGGUAGAGCUAACGAGCAAGUUUUGGUUAAGAGACAGGUCGAGUCAUUUCAUAAAGCUGGCAUGACUGGUCCAACCCUUGGUGUUGCUAAAUACGACCAACCAUUGACCUUCAGACACUUCGAAGCGUUCUUAUACGAACAAUUGAGGAAAUUACAAAGAAGACCAGCCACGCCAAAUUUUUGUACAGAUGCGAAAUAUUGCACCCAGAAAACUCAUCGGUGUCAUCAUGCUACAACUGCCUAUACCUCAGUACCUGUUUACACUUAUAACGAUGAUUGUAGUUGGCGGAGAGGUGCAAGAACAAACGGAUCAUUUUCCAAAAAUAGAGACACGUGGAAAAGGACAAAUGACGGUGGAAGUAACUCACGGAGACGAGAAACAAGUAAUCGCAUUACCAGCUGAAAGGUUGGAUUGUACCAAAAGAUAUUUUGUUACGUUUACCGUUAGAGGAGAGAAUCAAGGAACAACGAAAUUGUCUCGUUCUAUAAAACGAAGUGCUACGAGUGUUUAAAAUGUCCGUUAUAUAUAGUUUAACAAUACUUUAACGUUAUAAAUAGAUACAUGUGUACAAGCGA